GCGCCGCCGCCGCCGGGAGGAGGGGCUGGGGCGGCCGCGGGCUCCGGCGGCGGCAGCAGCAGCAGCAGCAGCGGGAGGAGCGGCAGCGGCGCGAUGCGAUGGGGCAGGGGCGGUGAUGGCGGAGCCGGCCGAGCUGCGGCAGGAGUCGGUGGUGCGGUUCCUGGCGGCGCGGGGCGGGCGGGCGCGCAACGCGGAGCUGCUGGAACAUUUCCGGGACUGGCUGAGCCCUGCGGAGCCCGCUCGCCGUGCCGCCGCCCGCCAGCGCUUCAAGGAGGUGGUCAACGCCGUGGCUACCGUACGACAGGAGCCCGGCACCGGCAUCAAGUACGUGCACCUCCGACGCCGGUACUGUGCCCCGGAGCCCCCCGCCGCCGCCGCCGCCCAGAGCCCCGGGGAGGCGGUGGGGGACAGCGCGGAUCGGCCGAGCCCGCGGGCGGGCGCUGAGGAGACGCCGCCGGCGGCGGGCGAGGAUGCGGGCAGCCGCCCUCAGCCCGCGGGGCGGCGGGCAGAGCCGCCCCGGCCCAGUCCGGCGGCGGGCGGAGGCCAGCGGAAGGGCUCCCGGCGGGGGCCGCUGCCCGGGCGCGGUGCAGGCGGCGAGGAAGCUGCGGUAGCGGCGGGCCCGGGGCGGCCUCCGCCGGCGGAGGAGCUGGGGGCGGUGGACGGAGCCCCCGGGGCGGCGGCGUCGGGGGGCGGCCGCAGGAGCGUGCGGGAAGCGGCGCGGGGCGGCUCGCCCCAGCUGAAGCGCGGAGCCCUCCCCGGCGCGGGGCGCGGCCGCGGUGGCGACUCGGACAGCGCCUCGGUGGCCUCGUCCUCCGCCGAGGAGGACGGGAGCACCACCGGCGCCGUGGCCUUGGACCCCCUGGAGCACGCCUGGAUGCUGUCGGCCUCGGACGGGCGGUGGGAGAGCCUGGAGGGGCUGCUGAGCUGCGAGCCGGCGCUGCUUUGCAAGCGGGACUUCAUCACCGGCUUCACGGUUCUGCACUGGGCCGCCAAGCACGGGCGGCAGGAGCUGCUGGCCACGCUGGUCAACUUCGCCCAGCGGCACCGGCUGCCCGUGGACAUCAACGCCCGCACCAGCGGCGGGCACACCGCGCUGCACAUCGCCGCCAUGCACGGGCACGCCGAGGUGGUGAAGCUGCUGGUAGGGGCCUACGAUGCCGACGUGGACAUCCGCGACUACAGUGGGCGCAAAGCUGCGCAGUACCUGCACCAGGGCACCCCGGGGGAUAUGCGGAGCCUCGUGGGGGCCCUGGAGGAGGAGGAGGAGGAGGAAGGGGCUGCCGGCAAUGGGAGCAGCCGCUGGAGGCUCUCCAAGGUGUUGCCUUCCAAUCUCAUAAACUACCGGCUCUCGCACCACCACCAUCACAGCACUGGGGAGGAAGCUGAGGGCGCCGAAGGGGCAGCAGUGCCAAGCAAGGGCAAGGAGAUGACCAGGAAAGCCUCCGGCAGCGGGCGGAUGAAGCCUCGGCUUAAUAAGAUCCGCUUCAGGACUCAGAUCAUCCACAACACGCCCUCAUUUCGUGGUGACACCGAGGAGGAAGAGCACGAGGACAAAUCCCUGAAAGCAUCGUUCAAGCUCAGGCCGAAGUCUAAUGUUUUUGGAUAAGGCCAAGGAGGAGGAGGAGGUCUGGGAGGUGGGCACAUGGACCAAAGGGUGUAGCACGGAAGGUGAGGCAGGUACAUGUGGGUGCUCAUCUACACUUAUGGACUCUGGACAGAUGAGUCCUGAGUAUCUUGCUUUAGCUCUCAGUUAGGUGGGGUCAAUGAGCUGUGUGGGUCAGCUGGGCUCUGGUGGCUUACAGCUGCCAAGAGCACCUGGUUUGGCUGGGUCCUCGGUGCUGAGGUGAGAGGCAGUGGGUGUGUUGAGAAACGCUGGGGUGGUUGAAAGCUUUGCUCCUUGCUUUCUAAAGGCAGGCUUUGGGAUCAGAAACCCUUGUUAGUGCAUCUGCUGAGAUGAGCGGCUUGAGUAGGGGAAAGAAAAGUGCAAAUGCUUUUACAUUCCCAACCGGUACUAUAAACAACUUGUUAUUUCAGAAGAGCACCUCAGUAAUAUGCAAGUUAAGUUUCUCCUUAACAGCAAUACCGCCCAGCACAGUGUGGAGUUGUGUACCCAAAAUUAGAUGGUAGACAACAGUUUCCUGUCAGAAUCCAAGCUUCAAUCUGUCAAAGACUUGACCCUGUGUUGACUUUAUGCAUUGAAAACUCCCUGAUUUGACAUCGUUACUAUCUUAAUUCUAAUUUAAAAAAUAAUUGCACUGCACACAGUGCAUAAAGUUAACCACAUGCAGAAGUCUCUGUUGUCUGAGGUACUACUGAGCUUGCUUAUCGCUUUUGGAAUACAAAGAUAAUGGAAGCCAAGAGUCUUUUUAUAUAUUUGGUAUCUUAUGUUUUGUCUUAGGCAAAGCAAUUUUAUUUUAAUCACUGUGAAUUCUCAAGUGCCAGACCUAGUCCAGUUCAAGUUAUUAAGUCUGGUCAGUUCUUGUUAAUGUUAUUUGUGUAACUCACUACAUUUGAAAUAGGAAAAAUUUGUUGUAUGUGCUACCCGUGGAAGCUGCUGUCUUUUAGAAAAGAGCACAGACACCAUUGCAUGAAAUCUUCAUGAAACUCUAAUACAGUCCUGUAAUGUCAUAGCUACAGGUCUGUGUUGGGUAGUAUCUUGUGUGUCAAUUGCUUCAACUAACUUUGUGCAGAAUUUGGGGGGGAGGGGGGAAAAAAAAAGGAUGUGUGAAUUCGCACACAAAUAAAUAGAAGUCUGAAAUUCUAUCCCAGUUUAUCAUCCUGAGUGGAAGCAGUAUAAUGACAUACUCUACUUAAGUGAUGGCAAUGGUGUUUGAGUUCUUUUAAACCUGUAUUUCUAGAGAAGUGAUAACCAAGGCCUUGAACUGUUGUUUAACAACCCAGUAAGUCUUCAUCUGAUUGACUAGCCUAUCCAUCUGCUAAAGCUUUCAGAAACCUGCAUCUUCUUUCUCUGCUUUAAAGGUGGUAAUUCCAGUGAAAUCUAAGAGGUAUAUUUGUAUCCAGAUUCGGCUUUCCUUGAGAAUGAGGUAUUGUGCUGACCCUGGAUCCUAGAUGCUGCUGAAGGUAGCAGCUCAUCUGUGCUUAGAUGUUAAGGUACGUCUUUCAGUGUCUUUUCUGUCAAAGCAUGUUUCGAUUUGGCUUCCUCAGAAUGUAUGGGCGUGUCUGCUACAAGUAGAUUGGCUUUGAUGUGUUAAAAUCCACAUCCGAGGCACUGACAAAAUGCAUGCCACAAGCUCUAGAACACCUCACAGGAAAAUUGCUGCUGGGAGUUUUGCACUUUCAAGGUAACAGCUGCCUGUAGCUGUUGCUGGUGGCUUACAUUACUUGUAGCAACAGGGGAAGGGAGUGGUAGUGAUUCAUUGAUCUCAGACUUCCCAUGCAGAUAGAUCACCACUUUCUGCACUUUGUGUCAAAACCUAAUAAAUGACAGUAUUUGCAUAGGCAUGUGAGUGACACUUAGCUAUUUCUGGGAAAAGUUACAUUUAAAAAAAUUGAAUCUCUUUGUAGGUGCUGGUCAUUAAUUUUGUGCAAAAAGACUAGAAAUUAUACAGAGGUUCAGCUUUAGUUUAUUACUUACAAGUUGUAUUAUUAUAGAUUUCACGUGCCUUCAUUUUGGGUUGGUUGCCACAAAUGUGAUGGAUAAAAUCAGACUUGCCGAGCACUUUGUGGUUGCAUCUGUGGGAGAGGACCAGAGAUUUUCCCUCAGCCCUUCCCGUUUAAGCUGGAUGAGAAGGUGUCUGAAAGGGGUGGGGGCGCUUUGCAGCAUGGCCACUUCUGAUUUGAGCAUACAUUCCAUGCAACUACCUAUAUCCAAACCUGAUUAAAGUAGUUUUCUGCUUUGAGAGUUGAUAGUUCUUUCAUAUGAGCUGUUGGGUGAAGUGUUUAUCUCUUCACGUGCAAAUAGCAAAGAAUUGCACAAAAAAUACUGAGUCUUGGAUAGCUGUUGAGGUCUGGGGAAAUAAUUUGAGGACUUCAGUGCUUUGGGAUUUGAUAUAUAGCACACUUUGGAUUUAAAAGCCUAACUGGAACAUAGUUUUCUCUUGCAUAACACAGCAGAAUUUUGGUACUUACUAAGGGAACUUGAAAAAUGGUUAAAAGAUUCCUCAUUUGUAACUCAUUAUUUGAAGUAUCGAAGUGAAACUGUUGGUCCAGUGAUACUGUUUAGGUGUCAAUUAGUGAAAUUUCACCAUAACGGUCCAAAGGUCUUUGCAAGGUGGGGUGCAACAGAGCAAACAUCUGUGUUGGUGUUUGAGAAUGGCUAGAUAACCACUAGUGUCUGUCGGCGCUAUGGGACUAAAGCACUUUGGUUUCACAUUAUGACUUGUCACAUUCCACAUGGUUACUUUUUAUAACAUGAGCUAAAAACUUAAAGUUUUUUUUGGAGAUAGGAAAGGCUUGAUGCCCUGUUUCAGAAUAUUUACGGUCUAAAGGUACUCGAGUCAAAUAUUUUGGAUACAUUACCUAGAGAGAUGUGAAUUUGAAAUAAAGUUGUAUGGUACAGAAAACUGGAGCACUUGCUGGUGUCUUUUUAAUGGUAUGCUUGAAGUUACUGAAUGUGUUCACUUUUUAUGAUGGUAUGAAAGGCAGCAAGACUGUAAUGUAAACAUUUGAAAUCUUUUAUUGUAUCUUAUGUUUGAAAUAUUUUAGAGGCCUGGAAGCCUGUCCGUUUUUAUGAAUACAACUUUUUAUGGGUGUCUUUCCAAAUGGUUAUGAGUUAAGAAUCUGUAAGCUUUAGUUUUACUGAAAUAAAAAGAGCCCAUUAAUUGUU